GCCAAGAAGCGACGACAGCCGAGGAUGCACCUUCAGUCGACUCGAAUGGAAUCGAAUCGAAGGGAAAGGACUCCAAAUCAAAGCAGGCGACGGAGUUUGAUCGAUAAAAGUCAAACGAUUGUUAGGAGCGCCACAAAACUUGGGGCUAAUCAGAAAGUUGUGAAUGGUAAGCAAGUAGUUAGCAGUGGAGUGCAGCAAGGAGAGGUUGGAACAGGAUCGCCAUGGAGGAGCUGCAGGACGCCAGCAUCCACCACAUGACCGCCAAGGUCAUCGCGGCCAUCAAGAACACAAAGAGCUACGAGCCCAUCUACAAGGAGCUGCAGAAGCUCGUCUGCAAUCCCAGCGUGGACACCCACGACAUGCGCAACACCCUCGAGGAUGCCAUCAAGAGCGCCGGACUGGAGACGGAGAUCCGGAAUAUAGUCUACAACUUGGUGCGGAGUCGGUUGGCCAAGCCAGAUGACAAGAACCCCGCCAACAAACCAGGAGCGAAACCCACCGUUAGUGAUCCACUUGGCUAUUUGAAGAGGGCCGGAGUUCUUUGGGAUCGAAGGGUUAGAAAGAGUUUGAAUGCCAUGUGCACUGAACUUAAGGUUCCACUCCAUGGACAACCAAGGAUAAGUGCGGAUCGCGAGGACUUUAUGGCCAAGUGGAAUGAACUGAGCAAUUACAAUAUGGAUCUGGCAAACUACAGACCAGUUUACGCCCCGAAAGAUUUACUGGAAGUGCUUCUUUCGCUUAAAGGACCUGCCAAAACCACCGAAAAUACAGACCAAAUCCCUCAAUGGGAGUUUUCUCACAUUGCUUUGCCUGUGAAGAACCUUUUUGAGCUGCGUGCCCAUUAUGCGGAUCUCCUUCGAAGUGAUAGUUAUUUGGGAAUACCCGAUCUCACGGUUCAAUGCCAAAGGAUUCUGGAGGGUAGACAUGCCCCCAUGUGCCAGCAGUUCCUGAAGAAGGGUUGCACUCCAGCUCCUUAUAGAGGAGCACUUUGGGCCUCCGUUUUGGAUAGCAAGCUGCAUGACUAUGAUAUCGAGUACUGGCAGAAGCUGCGAAAUGCUGUGUGGACCACGGAUCACAUUGUGGACAAGUUGGUGUUCAAGGAUAUCCAAUUGACGGCCUCCAACGAUGACCAGUACUUUGUGUUCGAGGAUGUUCUCUACCAGGUGCUCCUCUGCUUUUCUCGGGACACGGACAUCGGUGGUUGUGUGGAGUAUGAGGCUUUUCCGGUGAAGGGAAAAACCUACGAGGGUCCGCCCUCUGGAGUGGUUCCCUUCCAUGGGAUUUGCAUGUUUGCCGCUCCCUUCUGCUAUUUGUAUGAUUCCCCGGUGAAUCUGUACUACACUUUCCGGGCCUUUUACAUCCGCUACUGCCAUCGUCUGACCACCAUAAAUACUCAUCCGCAAGGAAUCGUCAGUCUGUGUUUGCUGUUCGAAAAGCUUCUGCAAACCUACGAGCCGCAGUUGUGGUCCCAUUUCCGUGAACUGCAGAUUCAACCUCUAAGAGUCGUUUUCAAAUGGUUGAUGCGCGCUUUCUCUGGACAUCUUCCUCCCGAUCAACUUUUAGUUCUCUGGGAUCUGAUCCUUGGUUUUGACAGCCUCGAGAUUCUGCCACUAUUCGCCAUCAUAAUCCUGAGUUUCAGAAAGGAAAGCAUUAUGCAAGUGGCCUCUCUUGACAGUAUAGAAGCCAUUCUGGCCGAUCUUUCGUCCAUAAAGGUUUUACCCCUGGUGCAAUUAGCUCUUAGUCGCGACUAAAAAUGUUUUUAUUAUUUAGUAACAAAAUUAAAGUAUUGAAAAUGUUUUCAGAAAAA